AUGUCUGUGUCGCAUGUUGCACCAUCAUAUGAUGCCUACUGGCAAGCCAAGCGGCGAAAGGUGCGCAAAGGCACCCACAGUUGCUGGGAAUGUAAGCGACGGAAGAUGAAAUGUAUAUUUGAUCCGCGCAUUGCCAGUGCGUCCUGCAUCGGCUGUCGACGACGUGGCUCCCCAUGUAUCAGCCAGGAGUUCCCCGAGGACCUCGCAGAGGUCCCCAUGCGCGUUGAAACCAGCAUCAGCGAUGGCACACCGUCUGACGACCGAGCACGCGCUCCCCUGCCCAGCGAGAGAACAGACCCUAGUGUUCUCACGCCUUUGAAAGAUACCCCACAUAAAUAUGACAAACUUUCUCGGUUCUUGCAUGAAUUACUCCCGUCGCGAGCAGACAUCGAGAGUAUCUGUAAAGCCAGUCGCCACUCUGCCGUCCUUUCUCACCAAUUAUUGACUACGCCAUACACGACUCUCUACAAGAACGGCCUCCAAAUGCCCGAGACUUUAUUAACAAUCCCAGAACCAAACGUGCAUCCGGUUUUAAUAGCGAGAUAUAUGCUCCAACUCGCCCUUUUCCUACAGCAUCUUCCCCCGGACCUUCAUCGGGAGAUUAAAGAUCUAUCAGAGCCACCCCGAGCUAUUAUGCAACGAAUAGCAGGGAUUGCUAUUUAUCACGUUACGACUAACGAGGAUCUGGUCGGCAGUAUAGAGAGUCUCGACUGUAUCAUGCUCGAAAGUUUAUACCAGGUCAAUAUUGGGAACCUUCGACGAAGCUGGGUCGCGAAUCGGAGAGCUAUGUGUAUUGCCCAGUUGAUGGGCUUUGGUCGGUCAGAUAACCCGAAACCAUAUAAAACGCUCGACCGCAACACAAAAUGCGACCCACAGCUUAUGUGGCUCCGUAUCCUUAUUCUCGACCGCCAUCUCUGCCUUCUCUUAGGUAUGCCCCAAGGCUGGACUGACCAAAGCAUGGCGUCCGAGACCUCCCUCGCCCGUGACUGCCCCAUGGGUCGUCUUGAGCAGCUACACUGUGGCAUUAUGUCCCGAAUCCUCGAACGGAACACAUCCAAGCCGAGCUCCCAGGACCUCGCCGCCACCCGCGCCAUCGAUCUAGAGCUGCAGAAAGCCGCCGGCAGCCUCCCGAGCAAGUGGUGGCUGAUCCCCAAAUUCGACAGUGCUGCCACCGACCUGCAAGCCGCGUUUUGGGACACGCGCCGCUUGACCAUGCAGAUUUGUCAUUACAACCUACUCAACCAGGUGCAUCUGCCGUAUAUGCUACGCCCGUUGUCGUCUGCGGAGAGCAAGUAUGAGUAUUCGCGAAUCACGUGUGUCAAUGCGUCGCGGGAGGUGCUCUCACGCUAUAUCGCGCUGCGGAGCUUCAACCGCAUCGCCUACAGCUGUCGCACUGUCGAUUUCAUCGCCCUCAUGGCGGCCAUGACACUCCUUCUCGCCCAUAUGGACAGCCAUCGCGAUGGGCCGAACAAUCUACUCGCUAACCAGUAUCUAAGCGACCGCGGGAUGAUCGAGCAAGUGCAGGAGCAUAUGAGUGAGAUUAACCGGCUGAAUUCGGAUGAGCUAAGCGCGCAAAGUGCAGAUUUAUUGAAGGCUUUGCUUGCUGUUAACAUGGAGAAUGGGACUGGACGGGUGAGUGUGAGGAAGGCAGGGAGCGAGGAGAUGAUGCCGCCGGAAGAGACGAACCAGGAGGAGGACGACGCCCGCGAUAAAGAAGAUGGCGAGGACGUGGCACGGGUGCAUAUUCCGUAUUUUGGAAUCAUUCGGAUUGCACGCGAGGUUCCGACCAAACUGCAAGCUGCACCCGCACUUCCCGCGGUCACCACCACCAGCAACUCCGAACCACAACUUCACCUCUCCUCCAUGACAAUGCCACCUGCCAGCCUCAGCACUCUGACCCGCUCCGCUAACAACACUCCCAACCCAUUCUCCUUCUCCGUCGCCGACACCACCGCUUCCCAUGAGUUCACCGCGCCGUUUGCGCACCCGCGCCAUCAACCACGUCCAAACCCUUUCUCCGACCCGGGUCCUUCUCUGGAACCGUCCUGGCUGAUGCAGAGCGGGUAUCCGGAACUCGCCGCAGGCGGCGAGGACUGGGCGUUUCAGGGGGUGGAUAUGGCUUUCUUCGAGAGUAUCAUGAGGAACGUUGGCGGCGGUGUUUGA